CUGACACUCGAAGGAUCUAUCUAGAGUCUCGCAUUCAAGACGGAUAUCCAUGCAUCCCUAUGUAUUUGGGUAGGUUGAGUUGCAUGGGUACUUAGCUUCAAGUGGUGACUUGAACACGGCAGUGAAGUUGAGGUUGAGGUUGAGGUUGCCUUAGGCACUCACCAGUCAUGACUGCCAGAAACACGAAAUUACAGCCUGAUCCUAUCCCUGCUAAAAGUUACUACACACAGUACUGGGUCAAAAGAGUGAAUACGAACUUCUCACAAAUGUCAAUUGACCACCACGAGUGAGUCAGUAACAAGUCCCAUACUCCUUCUUGGCCCAGUUGGACAUGUUCACCGCAUUCAAAGCCAUCUACAAUCUGCAGUGGACGCCUCAACAAAAGUUCCACCCAUUGCCACCUUAUGUAGAACGAACUUAUGUCCCCACCCCGCUGGGUGAGGUCGAACUCUUGGUAUCACAACCCCAGACUACCAUUACAACGUGUCCACCGGUCAUUCUAGUUCAUGGUGGAUUUGGGCAUGCUGCCGGGUGGUUGGAAUGGAUGAACUACUUCCACAAGCACUAUGGCGGCACUCUCUAUGCCUACUCCGUUCGAGGACACGGUGCAAGUUACCCUGUCCCAUACUCCACGAUGGUCAGGCGAGUCUCGCUUGAUGAUAUAGCAUCGGAGUGGGCAACGAUUAUUCACUAUGUCAAGCACAACUUCCGCCACGCUGUUGACCCAGUUGUCAUCGCCCAUUCAGCAGGCGGUGCGUUGACUCAGUUUGUCUUACUCAACGGCAUGGCUACCACCGCCGGACUGUGCUUGGUUGCAUCAAUGCCCCAUUUCGGCGGCUAUGGAGCAAUGUGGAAUUGGCUCAAAGCUGAUCCCUGGAUGCUCCUUCGAUCGUUCUGCAGUUUGGGUCAUCCAUCAAGCCCUUUGAGUCAACCAGUACUGGUACAUACUGGCUUUUUUGGACCCAGGUUUCCUACGGGCAAGGACGACAAUUGGCAAAAGGUCAAGGACUUUAUGAAGUGGAUGCCGCCGUAUGAAGGCAUGAAUUGGGUGAUGUCUAUCAACGGAGCCCUUUGGCGCUGGUUCCUGGGAAGGAAUGAAUGGUUGGACGUCUCCAAGAUCUUACCUUCGAUAACGGGAUGGGAACGACCUGGUGAUAGGGUCUGCAUCAUGGUAGGAAGCCACGAUCGAAUGCUGGAUCUCAGCAUGGCUACAAGACAGUUCACAGAAUAUGCAAGCGCAGCGAAACAUCUCCAGGACGAAAAGACUGAGGUUUCCCGUCACAGUGCGCAUCUGCAAGCUCAAGACUCUCCCCAGGGCGUCACCAUGGAGAAGGCGAACAAGAUCCGGCUGGUGAUGAUCCAGCAAGCUGGCCACCAUAUUCAAAACGAUAUUCAGAGCGACGCAGCAGCAGAAGCAUGUCUACAAUGGAUCCAACAGCUUUAGGCGCUGUCAUGGAAGACUCUCACACAACUCUGGUCCCGUAUUAUACAUUCUCGUACGCCGUUUUGGUCCUCAUUAAACUCCGUUCACUUAAUGUCUUCCCCUCGUUGAUCCGGCGCAACUAGAGGUCAUAUAAGUCGAGCUUCAAAUAUUACGUACAACAUGGUGACAUGGUCUCGAUCUUAAAUCGUCUCAUCACCCAGAAUAAAAAGC